UGCUGUCGGCCCGGACACGCCGAGGCGGACACCGGAAGCCCCUGUCGGUUCCGGGUUUUCUGGGCUACUACGAUGGCGAUGAGUUUCGAGUGGCCGUGGCAGUACCGCUUCCCACCCUUCUUUACGUUACAGCCGAACGUGGACACCCGGCAGAAGCAGCUGGCCGCCUGGUGCUCUCUGGUUCUCUCCUUCUGCCGCCUGCACAAACAGUCCACCAUGACGGUGAUGGAAGCCCAGGAGAGCCCGCUCUUCAACAACGUCAAGCUACAGCGGAGACUUCCUGUGGAGUCGAUUCAGAUUGUGUUAGAAGAACUCAGGAAGAAAGGGAACCUGGAGUGGUUGGAUAAGAAUAAGUCUAGCUUCCUGAUCAUGUGGCGGAGGCCAGAAGAAUGGGGGAAACUCAUUUACCAAUGGGUUUCCAGGACUGGCCAGAAUAACUCUGUGUUUACCCUGUAUGAACUGACCAGUGGGGAGGACACAGAGGACGAAGAGUUCCAUGGGCUGGAUGAGGCAACCCUGCUCCGUGCUCUGCAGGCCCUACAGCAAGAGCACAAGGCUGAGAUUAUCACUGUCAGCGAUGGCCGAGGAGUCAAGUUCUUCUAGCAGAGACCUAUCUCCUUUGUUUCUUACCUCCUACCUUUCCAGGGCUUUCAAAAGGAGACAGACCUAGUGUCCUCACAGACUGGAUCUGUCACUCCACCAGACUCAAAGGGCUCAAGUCCUGAAAGCUCAGACUUAGGGAUGUUUCCCACAUAACCCAUUAUUUCUGUCCCUGGGAUAGGGUAAGCCCACAGUGCCACGGAGAAAGGAUGUGUUUCUUGCCCUACCUCCUUUCCCAUCCUAUACUGUCCCUGAGCCAGGGUCUAUAAACCUGACACUUUACAUGUGUUUUCACACAUAAGUACACACCCACCUACAUGCGCCUGCACAAGCUUCUCUCUCCUCCUCCCACUCUAGCUGUUGUUGCCUCCCUACUCAGGCUGGUGCUGGAUCCUCCCUAGGGACGGGGAAGCCCUGGCUGCAGGCAGCCUUCCAGGCAAUAUGAAGAUAGGAAGCCCCAGAAGGGGCCUGGCGGUGAGAGGCGGGCCCACUCUGAUUUAUGAUAUUAAAAAUCUCUACUCCCA